UAUUAAUUCAUUUCCGUAAUGUCUCUAGUAGUAUAGAAAGGGCUUCGAGAAAAAUGCGGAUUUAUCUAUUAAUUAUAAUUUCGCUUUCAUGUGCAAAGGCAGAUUUGCCACAAACAGACUUUCUUCUUGUUGCUGACAUGCAUGGCUUUAGUGUGAUCAACCUCGUGAACGGCGACCUUGGUGACCAUGUCUUCCACAACCUUUCUGUCGACGUAAGCAACAUGAUUGCAAUUGAUUUCGACGUUGUGAAAAAAAGAGUUUACUUUUCCGAUGUAACCACCAAACGUAUUCUCAGCUCCACCAUAGACGGGGAAGACGUACGUGUUGAAAUAAUCAACAAUGAAACAGCAACCAUCGAUGGCCUUGCAAUUGACAGCCACGCAAGAUUGUUGUUCUAUACCGAUACCGGAAAUGACAUCAUUCGAAAACUAAACAUGAAUGACUACGACGACUAUGAAGAUGUCAUCUCAACAAAUAUGUCUGAGCCUCGUACCAUUGUUUUGGAUACAACGGAAAGGAUGAUUUACUGGACUGACUGGGGAGUGAGAACCAUUGAGAGAGCCACAUACGAAGGAACAGAGAGGGAAAUUUUAUUUACUGAAAAACAUUUGUAUUUCCCAAAUGGCCUGGCAAUUGACUUUCAAGUUGGUCGCAUAUACUGGGUAGAUGCAGCAUAUGACUACAUAGGUUCAGCAAACUUUGAUGGAACGAAUGUAACAGCGGUUGCUUCGCUUGGUAGCAUACAUACCUUUGGCAUUGCACUAUACAAGGAAAUGUACAUUAUAUCAGAUUGGGAUACCAAGACGGUGAUCCCAAUCUGGAAAAAUUUAUCAGUCGGAAGCACUCAAACUGGGUUUGAAAGACCAUGUGAUAUUCACGUUUAUCUUUGGGAAGAAUGUACACUUUUGCCCGCUCCAACGAAUGGAUCAGUCAGUUAUUCAAAUUCAAAUCAAUAUGGCUCAACGGCAUAUUUUAACUGCGAAAACAACUAUUACUUACUUGGAAAUAGUGUAUCGAUUUGCCAAACAGACGGUUCUUGGAAUGGCUCUUUGCCAGAAUGCAAGGAAAAGGUGGACAUUGGCUCUGCGUGUAAUAAAGACGAUGAGUGUCUUUCUUCUGGCGCCAAAUGCACAGGCGGUGUUUGUUCAUGUACAAAACUCUCUGACAGUACAAGCGACAGAUGCGACACAACGGCUCAUGAAGAAGAAUAUCAAAAGCCUAGUGAAUUGACUGGCGAGCAGAAACUUCUCAAGGAACUAUUCCGCCAAUACAACAAGCUGGCUCGACCGCAGGGAUCACCUCUAAAUGUGUCGCACUUUAUCGAGUUGAGAAGAAUUGUCGGAUUGUAUUCGAAAAAGUAUGUGGUUGGGUUAGACAUUUUGGACAACCAAGAAUGGACUGACGAUCGUUUGGUCUGGAAUCCAAUUGCAUACUCUAACGUAACGCUGCUGCACGUGCCUAGUGACGUCAUAUGGACACCCGACAUUGUUGUAGUCAACAGUGCGGAUGAAUACCCGAUGGCUUCACAACCAACAGGUAACGUCAUAAUCCACUCAGACGGCAGCAUUGUUUACUACCAGUCAAAACUGAUCUACGCGUAUGGGUGUACGACAGCAGCGAAUGUUGAAUGCAACGUUAAAUUCUCUUCAUGGACUUACAAUGGGUUCGAACUUAACUUGAUAAACACAAUGGAUGAAGUGGCCACCAAUUACGAGUUUGAGGGCCCUUUCACAAGCAGGAAGUUUUUGUCAGGAAAUGUCACUCGCAAUGUUCAUCGUUAUGCGUGUUGCCCCGAGCCGAACGUUAGCCUCACGUAUAAACUUAAACUAAAACUUAAAACUCCAUAGUACGAAUGCGUGCAGAUGCCAUGAUUACAGGCUGAUGUUCCAAUGUUAUGAAUCAGUUAUACCAAUCAAUAUAGAUGGCAUUUCAAUGUACUGUUUAUCAUUCAGUUAGGCCACAGCACUUUGUUUUGUUCCAUAAAUUAAUAACAAAAAAUAGGACGAUAACGAGUGAAAAAGCACAAUAUUUUUUUUUUUUUAAAAACGAACAAGAAAGCGAGCAAAAAGCGAAAAAAUGGUUCUGAUAAUCAAUCUAGCGUUUUUUUCAACAUACUGCCCUUUUCCUAUUUAAAAACAUACUUGAACUAAUUCUUUAUUGGGAAAUGAAACAAGUUUCAAUACUUACCAUAUACUCAAUAGUUUUUAGUAAGCAGAGAAAUGGAUAGGCUAAUUUGCUAAGAUAAUUAUAACUGAAUUUCAGAAAAAUGCUCAUUUUUAUUCAUAAUAAAUAGUAACCUUGCUUUUAGGUAAAGGUUUGAAUUUUUUAUCUGAGUUUCUUUAACUUCAUUUAAGAAUGUAUUAGUACUAUAACAAGGCACUUGUUUUGAUUGAUAUUUAAGACAUGAAUUUUAAACAUGAAUGGUAAGCAUGUAUUAAAGAGUCGCUUCAAACAAUUUUGGAGUCGUCAUACACUUCUUGCUUUCAUUUCAUGUUGAAAAUAUUUGUAAAGACAAUGAGAUGUGCUUUCCAAAAUGAACAUUAAGGUCAGAAUUAAACAAGUUCCAGGAGUAGUUUUAUCCGUCAAAGAAAACUCAAAAAUUUCAAAGUAGGCUUACCCAUUUUCGGUUUGUCCACACCAGUGUUACUUUCUCAACGAAUCGAUAUUUGUGACCAGAUAUUUGUCCGAAAUUGAUGUGAUCGUCUGAGUAUUACUUUCAAUCAUUAUUUCAGAUCAAACAAUAAAACAUUCCUGGGGGUUAAGGCUAUGUUUUAUAUCGCUGACGUCAUCGGGUUAAUUUUUAAUCGUAAUUAUCUGACUUCAAGCAGACAAUAGCCUUUUGAGCAAAACAGACUCUAAAAACGAAAAAAAAACUAUGAUAAGCGGCAACUAUUUCACAAUUAAAUUUAAUGCAUUUUUUAAAAGAAUGGUUGCCUUUUGAAAAACAAUCUUCGAAGUCAAGUUUUCAUUUCGAUGGGAAAACAACAUUUCACCACAGUUCGAAAAUCUUAAAACAUGUUAACCAGAAGCCGCCAUUUUGUGAUCAAAGUCAAUGACGUCGAUACAGAGCCUUGAACGGUUUGCUUUAAAAUAUUGGUGCGGUCGCGCAUUUGUUCGUUUUAAGAUUUUCAAAAAACAACCACGAUAAAUUGGCGGAACAAAACAUCAUUUUGGUGUGGCCUAAGGGACUACAUAAUUAGUAUUUUUAUUCUUAAAUCAAAACAUGUUUUCACCGUCUCUGACUGAUGCCUUUUUAUGCUGUUGUCUUAACAUGAGUCUCCUUCGGAAGAAUUUCGGAAAACGGCCUAGGCUUAAACACGACAUUUAAUGAAUGAAAAUACUAUAUGAAACUGAAUAUCAGAAAUAAGUAUAUCUUUGAGCGGAAAAGUUAUAUUUGUUCACACGUAUUUGACUGAAUUUUAAUGGUACCUUUCGUUGAAACAAAUUGUAGAUAUUUGAUCUGUUAUAAUAACUCCAGUACGUUUGCAUAGUACAGUUACUGGGAAGACAUCGAUAAUUUUAUCAUUCAUAAAAAUGUUGUGCUCCUUUUAGUUACUCUUUUUUGUUCUAUUUUUGCAUGAAAUGAAUGUGAACACACGUUUGGUACUGAGUUGUGCAUGCUUUAUUAUAUAUUAGAAAGAAAGCAAUAAAAGAAGUGGCUCAUCUUA